AUGACUAAUAUUAAUAUAUUUGUUUACCUUUUUAUAUGUCCCCUUAAUGUGUUAUAUAUUUUAGAUAUGCCAUGUUAUUUUCAUGAUGUAAAUAUGAAAAUUCAAAAUAAGAAUUUAUUUAUAUAUGGUGAUAAGACAAAAAAUGGAAAAUAUUCUUUACAUUAUGAAGAAUAUUUAUAUGAAAUUUCAAAAGUUUAUUAUAAUAUAAUUUUAAAAAAUAACAAAGAAAUAAGAAACACACAAUCAAAUAACUAUGAUUUAAUUUGGAACAAUAAUAAUAGUAGCAAUAAUGGCUACCAAUUAAAAGAAGUACAUAUAAAAGAAGAUAAAAUGCAUUUAUUUUAUGAAAAAGAAGCAAAUAAAGUAGAAAUAAUAGUUAAUAAAAUAAAUGAUGUUACUAAUUAUUUUGAUUUAUUUAAAAAUUGGUGUAUAUAUAAAUUAAAUGAUAAAGAUUAUACUUUAUUAAAAAAUAGCACAGAUAAUAGUAAAGAGUUAAUAAUAAAUAGUUAUUAUAUUUAUAUGUAUUUAAUGUUUUUUUCGUUAUGCAUAUAUUUAGAAAAAGGUUUAUUUAUUACUUUUCCUUCAUUAAGGAAAUAUGAACUUAUUAUAACAAUAUUUAUUGUGUUUAUUCCUUUAAUAUUUUUCUUAUUUUUUUAUUUUUAUUUUAGUGCAUUAAAAAUAUUAACAACUUAUAUUGUUUUAUAUAUAUCAUUUUUCGCCUUUUAUUUAAAGAAAGAAAAGAUUAAAAUAAAAGAUAUAUAUUUUAAAAAGAUGAAAGAUACAAAAAAUAAUAAAUAUUGUUAUAAAUCUUUAACUAAUUUUAGGUUAAUGAAUAUGUGUGCAACUUAUAUGUGUAUAUUUGCUGUAGAUUUUUUUUUUUUCCCAAAACAUUUUGCAAAGUCAGCUUAUUAUGGCAAUACUUUGAUGGAUAUAGGAAUUGGCACUUGUAUUAUUUCAAGUGCUUAUUCUUUUAAAAAAACAAAAUUUGAAUAUAUAAGGGAUCAUAAGAAAAUAAUUGAAUUAAAGAAUAUAAUAUUGUUUAUUUUAGGUAUUUCUAGACUUAUAGCUAUCAGAAUAUUUAAUUAUAAAUAUAACCUAACGGAGUAUGGAGUGGAUUGGAAUUUUUUUUUAACAUUAUUUAGUACUUUUGUUAUAUCUAACUUUUUUUUUGUUAUUUUAAAAAAAAUCAGAAAUAUAUUUGUAUUUAGCUGCAUAUCUAUUUUCCUUUAUGAAUUAUUUAUUUAUUAUUUUAACAUUCAUGAUUAUUUAUUAUUAGAAAGCGAAAGGACCAAUAUUUUUUCAUCAAAUAAAGAAGGACUGUUUAAUAUUAUUGGUUCUGUUAAUUUAUUUUUAUUUUCAUUCAUUAUAGGACAAUAUAUAUUAAAUGAUACUAUUCCUGAAAGUGUGGACGAAAGCAAGUGUAAUAUAUACAAAGGAGAAGAAAAAAAAAAACAAUUAAAUUUAGAAAACACAAAAAAAGAAAAUAUACAAUUUAAAUAUUAUCACCCUUUUUUAUAUACAAUUUUUAAUCUUUUAAAUAAUAUAUAUUCAUUUAAAAAAAAGUAUUAUAAUAUAUAUUUUAAUAUCAAAUUGUUUUUAAUGUCCUUUUUAUUUUAUUCUUUUCAUUUUAUUCUUAAUUCAUUCGAGAUUUAUAGUGUUAGAAUUCUAUGCAAUGCAAAUUAUAUUUUUAUUACAUCAUCAGUUUGUUUAUUUGCAAUAGCCAUGGGUUAUUUAUUAGAAAUACUGCUUAUAGAAAAUAUGAAUAUAAAUAUUUUAGAUAAACUGAAUAGUAUUACAUUAGAAAUAUUUCUCUUCUGUAAUAUAUUAGUUGGUAUUUUUAACAUUUUCUUAAAACCGUUAUUAUAUCCUCUCAUUUUUGGGAUCAUUAUAUUAAUAUUAUAUACAUAUUUAUUUAUGAUUUUCACAUACUAUUUGCCAUUAUAUCCAAAAAAAAAAAAAAUAAUGAACAACAAACAAGAAUAG